CAUGGAUAUGUUUUUCCGUCAAAUGUGGGUGGACAAGAGGCUGGCGUUCAACGGUCCCAUCGAGAUCCUGCGCUUAAACAACCGCAUGGUGGACAAGAUUUGGACUCCAGACACUUAUUUCCACAACUCGAAGAAAUCACUGGCUCACAACAUGACAACGCCCAACAAGAUGUUCCGCAUCAUGCAGAACGGCACUGUGUUCUACACCAUGAGGCUGACUGUGAGUGCAGAGUGUCCCAUGAUGCUGAUGGACUUUCCCAUGGAUAGUCAUAUUUGUCCUCUCAGCUUCGGAAGCUAUGCUUACACCAGCAGUGAGAUUGUUUACACGUGGAGGAAAGGAUUAGAGAAGUCUGUGGUCAUCCCUCCAGAGUCCUCCAACUUACUGCAGUAUGACCUCAUCGGACAGACGCUCUUCAACAAAAUGUCGUUGAUCAAUACAGGCCAAUAUUCUGUCAAGAUGGUUCAUUUCUUCCUCCAGAGGAAGCUCGGCUAUCAUCUGAUCCAAACGUAUAUCCCCCUCAUCAUGGUGGUUGUCCUGUCCCAAGUGUCCUUCUGGAUCAACAAGGAGUCCGUCCCUGCUCGCACCGUGGCUGGAGUCACCACCGUCCUCACCAUGACCACACUGAGCAUCAGCGCACGAUCUUCACUGCCCAAAGUGGCCUAUGCCACAGCUAUGGACUGGUUCAUUGCUGUCUGCUUCGCCUUCGUGGCCUCGGCCCUGGUUGAGUUUGCCGCCGUCAACUACUUCGCCACGCUGGAAGCCAACAAGAUGAGACGUCGACUCUCAAGAGCUUCUGUGCUGGAGUACAUCGCAGAGGGGAGCGACGAUGAAGACGAGUCGGUAAACACUGCAGCCCAAUACUAAUGUUGUAUCAUACUUAGAAAUGAUAAAUAGUGCUUCUCUCUGUAUUCGGUCA